AUAGUUCUAAAUCCCAUCGCCAACACGAUUGUGUCUGCUGGAGAAAAAAUGAAAAUUUCAUGGGUCAAUUCUCAUGCAGACAGCUUUGAUUCAAUAUAUUUAAUACAAAUGGAUGGAGACGUACGCCCUGUAGUGAUCGCUCGAAACGUGCCGACUAAACAAGGAGAAAUUGAAGUGGACCUUCCACAUAACUUGAUUCCGUCUAAUGCUUACUAUAUGACUUUGGGAAGCCCACCCUUUCACUGUUAUGCUGGAAAUUUGAGGAUUGUGGGUUCAAGAAUGAGUAAGUCUCCAAAAAUUCUUAUCGUUAUUAAAUUAGCAAAAUGA